AUGCAGACAUUACUAAUCAAUCAACUCCUUUUGAGCCUUUACUCAGCCUCGACAUCUGUGGCUCAGAGCUCCCAGGUGGUUAUUAUUGCCUUCAUUCUUUAUAAUACCCUCACAUUUCGGAAGAGUAAAAUAAGCUGCAGAGAAGCUUUGCCGUCAGGAUUAGAAGCUGGAACCCUCAGUUUAGAGAUUGGUGCCUAUGGUCCUGAACACUGGGUCACGUCCAGUGUCAGCUGCAGGGGCCGUCACCAGUCUCCUAUAGACAUUUUAGACCAGCAUGCACGUGUUGGUGAGGAAUACCAGGAGCUGCAACUUGAUGGCUUCGACAAUGAGUCUUCUAACAAAACCUGGAUGAAAAACACAGGGAAAACAGUUGCCAUCCUUCUGAAAGAUGACUAUUUUGUCAGUGGUGCUGGCCUGCCUGGCAGAUUCAAAGCUGAGAAGGUGGAAUUUCACUGGGGCCACAGCAAUGGCUCAGCAGGCUCUGAACACAGCAUCAAUGGAAGGAGGUUUCCCGUCGAGAUGCAGAUUUUCUUUUACAAUCCAGAUGACUUUGACAGCUUUCAAACUGCAAUUUCUGAGAAUAGAAUAAUCGGAGCCAUGGCCAUAUUUUUUCAAGUCAGUCCGAGGGACAAUUCUGCUCUGGAUCCUAUUAUCCAUGGGUUGAAGGGCGUCGUACAUCAUGAGAAGGAGACCUUUCUGGAUCCUUUUGUCCUCCGGGACCUCCUGCCUGCAUCCCUGGGCAGCUAUUACCGGUACACGGGUUCUUUGACCACCCCACCGUGUAGCGAAAUUGUGGAGUGGAUCGUCUUCCGGAGGCCUGUCCCCAUCUCCUACCACCAGCUCGAGGCAUUUUAUUCCAUCUUCACCACAGAGCAGCAAGACCACGUCAAGUCGGUGGAGUAUCUGAGAAAUAACUUUCGACCACAGCAAGGUCUGAAUGACAGGGUCGUGUCCAAGUCUGCUGUCCGUGAUGCCUGGAACCAUGACAUGAUGGACUUCUUAGAAAACCCUCUAGGGACAGAAGCCUCUAAAGUCUGCAGCUCUCCACCCAUCCACAUGAAGGUGCAGCCUCUGAACCAGACGGCACUGCAGGUGUCCUGGAGCCAGCCAGAGACCAUCUACCACCCCCCCAUCAUGAACUACAUGAUCUCCUACAGUUGGACCAAGAACGAAGAUGAGAAGGAGAAGACGUUCACAAAGGACAGUGACAAAGACCUGAAAGCCACCAUUAGCCAUGUCUCACCCGAUAGCCUUUACCUGUUCCGAGUCCAGGCCGUGUGUCGGAACGACAUGCGCAGCGACUUCAGCCAGACAAUGCUCUUUCAAGCUAAUACCACUCGAAUAUUCCAAGGGACCAGAAUUGUGAAAACAGGAGUGCCCACAGCGUCUCCUGCCUCUUCUGCCGACAUGGCCCCCAUCAGCUCGGGGUCUUCUACCUGGACAUCCUCUGGCAUCCCCUUCUCCUUUGUUUCCAUGGCGACUGGGAUGGGCCCCUCCUCCAGCGGCAGCCAGGCAACAGUAGCCUCGGUGGUCACCAGCACUCUCCUUGCCGGCCUGGGGUUCGGCGGUGGCGGCAUCUCUUCCUUCCCCAGCACGGUGUGGCCCACACGCCUCCCGACAGCAGCCUCAGCCAGCAAGCAGGCGGUCAGACCAGUCCUUGCAACGACAGAGGCCUUGGCUUCUCCAGGGCCGGACAGCGAUUCUGUACCAACCAAGGACAGUGAGGGUGCAGAAGAAGGGGACAAGGAUGAGAAAAGUGAGAGUGAGGACGGGGAACGGGAGCAUGAGGAGGAUGGAGAGAAGGACUCCGAGAAGAAGGAGAAGAGUGGAGUAACCCAUGCCGCCGAGGAGGGGAACCAGACCGAGCCCACCCCCACACCCUCCUCUCCCAACAGAACUGCCGAGGAGGGUGGGCAUCAGACUAUAUCUGGGCACGAGCAGGACCACACUGCCCUCCCCACAGACCAGCCGGGCAGAAGGAGGGAUGCCGACCCAGGCCUGGACUCUGAUUCGGUCACUUCCACCCAAGUGCCCCCCACAGUCACAGAGGAACAUUAUGCAGGGAGUGAUCCCAAGAGGCCUGACAUGCCAUCUAAAAAGCCUAUGUCCCGAGGGGACCGAUUUUCCGAGGAUAGCAAAUUUAUCACUGUUAAUCCAGCAGAAAAGAACACAUCUGGAACGAUAAGCCGCCCUUCUCCAGGGAGGAUGGAGUGGAUCAUCCCUCUGAUUGUGGUAUCAGCCUUGACCUUCGUGUGCCUCAUCCUUCUCAUUGCUGUGCUAGUUUACUGGAGAGGGUGUAACAAAAUAAAGUCCAAGGGCUUUCCCAGACGUUUCCAUGAAGUGCCUUCUUCUGGGGAGAGAGGAGAGAAGGGGAGCAGGUGA